CAAUUAACUGCGUCAUUACAAUAUGAAGGAGAAUAAUUGUUUAAAACGAACCAGGUAUAUAAUUGUGUGUGCAGAUGCAAAAAUGAUUUUCAAGGCUUGUUUCAUAGCUGUUGUUUUGUUGACGAACACACAAUCAUAUGCAGGCUCUCAGAAAAUAACCGAUGCAGAUGAACAGGUUUCAAUUUGUUUACAAGAAUAUACACCAGAUCUACCUAUAACCUUUACGUGGACAACAACUGAUGGUCAAAGUACCGACUUGUGUGUGGAGAAAGAACUCAUUGCAAAUUGUGAGCCAAAAUUUAGUGAUGCCUUUCUUUAUCCGAAAGUGAAUGCUGAUGACUAUGAGGCGCAUAUCGAUGAGAAAGGAUCUUGCACUGUAAUAGUCAGACGGCUGUUUGAGAUGGAAACCACAUUUAUGAUCAAUUCAAACACGGGAGGUUUGAAUAAAGCAAUGCUUAACAACCAUUUGCUACAUUCGAACGCUUCGUGGGCCUGUGCAAGUGUUAAAAGAGGGGAGGUAUCUAGCCAAAACAGUCAUGCGUCGCUGCCACAUGCGGUGGUAGCAAUUCUUAUUGUUUUAUCUGUUGUUGUUGUUGUUGUGGCGAUAUUUUGUGUACUUUACAUGUGUAUUAAAAGAAUUAUCAGUGGAGGUUUUCACCAACGAAGAAGUGGGUAUAUACCUGUUAAACAGAACUAAUAAUAAAAAAAUGUAUGAGCUCAACGAAAUUCGACGAGUUCGACGGGGGACAGCCAUAAUAACCUAAUAUACGUAAAAUGUGUGAAUCUUUUCCGCCAAAUAAUCAAAUUAACUCACAGUUAUAUAAUCACGGACAGCCAUGAUUGUUUGACUAUGAAAACAAGGGGCCACUAGUGAAUAUCAUAUUCACUUAACUAGCGAGUGUUGAUAAAAAUAUCAAAUACUAAUAAACUUUUUUCAUGUGUUUUGAAGCCAUUGGUAUUAAGGCUGUAUAUUUUGCCAUAUAAAAGGUGGAAUAAGAGGAGUGAAACUAUUUUAGAGUAGAUUUAAAAAAGAAGCACAUCGGAACAAUGUUCGCUAUUUUUAUGUUUUAAAUAUAUUUUAGACUGCCAUAUUAUUAUUAUGACGGAAUUUGUCAGAAAGUUUGUUUUAUUGGAUGAAGUGUUAAAAAUGGUGUAUUUUUGUAUAUUAAUUAUGACCUUAUGAUAGAAAACCAGAAUCGGAGACAUUGUUCAAAAUUAAGGCAAAUUCACGCUUUCAAUAUUUAUAAUCGGAUUACAUCAUACAUGGUUGGCUCGAGCUUGCUUGACCUGAUUUCUUCUUUGCUCUAGCUGGAGCAGUGUGUGUAUACCACGUGAUAAAUUGCGUCAUAAAUGCUACGUCGGAAGGCAAUACUUUGCUUCGAUUGAAGACUUUAAACAAUGAUAACUUUUCAUUGUCUUUACCACUUUAAAUGAAAGAUAGCGCAGUCUAUGCCGCUAACAGAGCCCCGUCUUCGGUCUUUUACCAAAUUUUUAUUGAGAGUUUAGUUUCUUAUAACACUUCGACAAAACUUUUCACGAUACGGCCGUCUGACGGAGCACUGUCAAAACAUUGUUUUGGAAACAGGUUUUUCGAAGUGUUUGAUGAAACUAAUCACCUCAUCAAACUCCGGUUAUAAAACAAAGGUGGGGCUCUUUAUGCGGCAUAGACUGGCCUUUAUUUCAUUUAAAAUGGUGUACGAAGCGAAAAGUUAUCUUUGAUUUAAGUCUUUAUUUUAAGCAAAAUAUUGCCUUCUGACAUAGCAUAUAUGACGUAAUUUUGCACGUGGUAUAUAGUCAGUGUGGAUGUAAAGGGUUGAUUUACUUUUUUACUACUUGGUCAUAGUAAAUUGAUUGGUGAAUAGAAUAUAAUGGAAUAGUUUAUUUGGAAUUUAACGAACAAAUCCUCGUCCAUCAACAUGAUUAUACACAUGAACAAAUGUAAAAAUAUACCAUUUAGUAUUACAUCUAUAAUACAUUACAAAAUAUCAAAUAUAUACUAUUCCUAAGGCAAACAAACAUAAACUCAUAUUAUCAAAGCAAAUUUUAUACUUGUAUCAAUAAUAACAAAUUAAUUUACAAACAUAAAGUAUAGUUUUAAGUCUAAUUUUUAUGAAACAUACAUAAUACAAAACAACAACAACAACAACAAAACAACAACACAUCAUUGAAUAAACAAAUUAGUUCGUGUUUUGAGCGCACAAUUAAUGAAAGCCACUAAUUUCUUUAAAAGUUUCUCAUUACGUGUGUUCAUCGAUUCUAAAAAAGAUAUCAUGUAAGGUCUUUAAACAUUAUAUAUCGCUUGCGUAUAGCUUUAUACUUAUUACAAAUGCACAAGAAGUGAUAAGGUGUCAUAGUUAUUAUAAAAUGCAACCAGCUUAACAGAUUUUGCAAACCUGCCAUUGCAAGCUGUCUUUAAUUGGCAUGAGUUCCAAAUGUCAAAUUUGUGUCAUUAAAAAUCUCUAUGCCAAAAACCUUUCAGCUUGGUGCUGUGUUUAUAUUUUUAAAUGUAAAACGGGCUGCUAACUAGUUUUAUUCACUUAAAUUUGCAAUCUACAUGUUCAUUGCUCUUUUACUUGCUAUUGUUUCGUAUAGAUUUGCUUAUAUUUUAAUAUUUUUUGUG